CUCGCAGUGUAAGAAAACCCCACGCCGAGAGAGAAGGAAAAGCCUGGCCGAGAGAGAAGGAAACGCCGAGGGAGAGAGAAGUGCGACGAGGGGGAGAUCGACGGACCCAACUCGACCGGAGGCAGCAAAUGGAUGUACAUCCGGGACCUAUUUUACGCGAUGUUUUAGUAAUUGAAGCGGGAGACCAUAGGUGUGAUGCGGUUUGGGCCGAAGAAGAAUAUGCUAAAAAAGUAUUAAAGUGUCACAGGACUUGUACUAGUUUGUAUACGAGGACUCUUAUUGUUAAUAGACCUGUUCGUGUGAGUGAGUUUUUACGAGAAUACGGAUUUUAUGGGGUUGAGAAAGUUGGUGGCUUGCAGUUGGACUGGGCUUUGAUCACAGCUCUAGUGGAGAGAUGGAGGCCCGAGACCCAUUCAUUCCAUCUUCCCUUCGGAGAGGUUGGAAUUACUUUGUAGGAUGUAGAGGUUUUGCUUGGUUUGCCCGUAGAUGGCAAUCCAUUGGCGGGGAUGACUGGCCGAUCCAGAGAUCAGUGGAUUCAGAUUUGUGAGGACAUGAUGGGAUUUAGGCCUCAAACAUCCGACAUUACUUCUACUAUGAUUAAGAUGUCUGCCAUUGUUCUUAAGGAACUAACAUAUCAGAGUUUAGAUGUAGAUUACUUGCAGCAUGCUAGAGCUAUUAUGUUUAAGUUGUUGGGUGGUAGCCUAUUUCCCAACACGACGGGAAAUAGGGUUAGUUUGUAUCUUUUAGAGAUUAUCAUGGGUGACGCAAACAUUGUGCGAGGUCGUGCGAUUGGUUCGGCAGUACUCAAUUACUUGUAUCGUAGUAUGUGUCGUGCUAGUGCGACGAGUGAAUCACAGAUUGGAGGUUGUCUAGUCUUGUUACAGCUUUGGGCUUGGGAGCGUCUGCCUAUGACUAGACCUAGAGGGGUUAUACCAUUGGAUCAGCUGGUAGAUGUCCCAUAUGGAGUCAGAUGGGUGUGCUACCAUCGAUGGUCAGAUUGUACCACACACCCCAUACGGGCAUACAGGGACCAGCUUGACAGAUUGCUCGAGGGAGAGUUUGUUUGGAUGCCGUAUCCGAACCUCGAGACCCUACCGCCCUAUUGUUCAGCUGGAGUUGGAAUAUGGAUUUCUAGAAUCCCCUUGAUCUAUGCGUACGUAGUGGAGAUGUACUAUCCUGAUCGCUUUUGCAGGCAGUUUAAUGUCGUGCAACACGUCCCUCAAGUUGUUGUCUAUGAUCGUCAUCUACAUCAAAUUAAGUCAAAUGUUAUGCAAAUUGGCGAUGGUGAGAGACAGUAUUUAGAGAUGUGGGAGGAACGUUAUGAUGUUACAGUGCAUAUGGAGUUUGGGAUGGUGGAUGCCACACCAGAGUAUCGUCAGUGGUACUACCUUCGGGGUCGACGACAGAUAGGGAACCCUGUCCAUUCAGCACGGACCAGGGUACAUCCCCAUUUCUCCGGAGCUACAGACAGUAUUAUACUGUAUGGCGGAUUGCAGUCAGCGCCUUGAUCCUGCAAAAUUUGGUGAUAGUGAUAAGAAACUUGAUAUUGUAUG